AUGUUGUACCUGGAGACGGGGACCACAACAUCCUACAGCGAGUCACAGUACACAAACCUGGGGCUCCUGAACAGCAUGGAUCAGAACAUCCAGAACGGCGGCUCAACUUCAACCAGCCCCUACAACAACGACCACGCACAGAACAACGUCACGGCCCCGUCGCCCUACGCCCAGCCCAGCUCCACCUUCGACGCCCUGUCUCCCUCUCCGGCCAUCCCGUCCAACACAGACUACGCCGGGCCCCACACCUUCGACGUGUCCUUUCAGCAGUCCAGCACGGCAAAGUCUGCCACCUGGACGUACUCAACGGACUUGAAGAAGUUGUACUGCCAAAUUGCCAAGACGUGUCCCAUUCAGAUCAAAGUCCUGACCACCCCACCGCAGGGAGCCGUCAUCAGGGCCAUGCCUGUUUACAAGAAAGCCGAGCAUGUGACCGAGGUGGUGAAGCGCUGCCCAAACCACGAGCUCAGCCGCGAGUUCAAUGACGGCCAGAUCGCUCCUCCGAGCCACCUGAUCCGCGUGGAGGGAAACAACCACUCCCAGUACGUGGAGGACUCCAUCACCGGGAGACAGAGCGUCCUCGUCCCCUACGAGCCUCCUCAGGUGGGGACGGAAUUCACCACAAUUCUGUACAACUUCAUGUGCAACUCGAGCUGCGUGGGCGGCAUGAACAGGCGCCCAAUCCUGAUCAUUGUGACUCUGGAAACCCGAGACGGUCAGGUGCUCGGCCGGCGCUGCUUCGAGGCCAGGAUCUGUGCCUGCCCGGGCCGAGACCGGAAGGCGGACGAGGACAGCAUCCGCAAGCAGCAUGUAACGGACGCCACAAAGAGCAGUGAGGCCUUCCGCCAGGUUUCCCACGGCAUACAGAUGUCCACCAUCAAGAAGAGAAGGUCGACGGACGAGGAGGUUUUCUGUUUGCCUAUCAAAGGCCGUGAAAUUUAUGAGAUUUUGGUAAAAAUCAAAGAGUCUCUGGAGCUCAUGCAGUUUCUGCCGCAGCACACAAUAGAGUCGUACCGACAGCAGCAGCAAAAUCUCCUUCAAAAACAAACCUCGAUGCCUUCUCAGCCCUCCUUCGGCUCCAGCUCCCCGACUCACGGAAAAGUCAACAAGCUGCCCUCCGUCAGCCAGCUCAUCAACCCCCAGCAGCGCAACUCGCUCACCCCAUCCAGCAUGUCUGGAGGCCUCACUGACAUGACUCCCAUGAUGGGCUCUCACAUCCCCAUGAACGCCGACAUGAGUUCACUGAGCCCCACACACGCACUGCAGCCACAGCUGCCCCUGGUGCCCUCCUCCCACUGUACCCCCCCUCCUCCAUACCCCAUGGACAGCAGCAUCUCCAGCUUCCUCAUUCGGCUGGGCUGCGCUGGCUGCUUGGACUACUUCACAGCACAGGGCCUAACCAACAUCUACCAGAUAGAGAACUAUAACAUGGAGGACCUGUCCAGGCUCAAGAUCCCUGCAGAGUUCCAGCACAUCAUCUGGAAGGGCAUCAUGGAGCACCGUCAGGCCAUGGAUUUUUCCCCUCCUCCCCACAUAGUGCGCACCACCAGCGGUGCCUCUACGGUCAGCGAGGCCCGCGGCGAGCGCGUCAUCGACGCCGUGCGCUUCACCCUGCGCCAGACCAUCUCCUUUCCGCCGCGCGAUGACUGGUCCGACUUCUCCUUCGACCUGGAUUCCCGCCGCAACAAACAGCAGCGCAUCAAGGAGGAGGGUGAAUAAGAAAGCCCCCAACUCCCCCUGCCAACUCCCCUUCCCCAAGACCCAAUCCCCAGAUCCCAACCGCCCCCUCCCCCCCACCUCCAACGUGACCCUCCGAUCACAUCAGUCAUUUCACACCGGCCGACGGAACAUUUCACGAACAAGCCCAAGAACAAACCCACAAAGCCAAGUCUGCGCCACACAGGCGUGCACUUAGUCCCAGUUUUGGCGUCGGUGUGGUGCGAGCAUUCGCGGUGCAUGUGCUGUUACCUAUGUUGUAGUUUCUUGAGAGCACUUAAGAAAUGUUGAGAAUUUGUCGAACACGUUUCAUUCCCAUGUUAACGCAGGACUGGAAA